UAUUUGAUUCAUCUUUAGCAGCCCCCUCCCUCCAUCCUCUAAGAAAAGAAAAUUGGAGUUCAAAGACCAGUUCAUAAUAUGAGCAUGACAUAGUGCUUUGCAUUCUUGCAAUUAGCCGUAGAACAGAGAAUUUGGAUAUUACCACUAACAUGGCAGAAUGAUCGGGGGCCAAGCAGCUGGUCUAGGAGGGAUGGGCCUACAGCUUCAUGAUAGACACCUUCAGGAAUAGCCCCACAAGGGAAAAUAAAAAGGAAUCAAAGACCGGUUAUCAUGAUUAACAAACAAAAGAAAGCAAAAGAGGAAAAAAAAAAAAGCAAAGCUAGAAGAAAUAACCCGUGGCCCAAAGCCCCAAAUCAACAUCUAGAAAUUUGGUUCAGCAACAGGCGAUGUCUAAUUGUUGCUGUCUUCUCUUCUUGUUUACCUUCUUAUAAUUAUUUGGUGUCUAGCCUAGUAGCCGACUCAGGAGAUGGGCAGGACAGGCACAAGGUUACCAGGUUUCUGCCUAAACAGGAUUAGGCCCCAUGUUAGAGUCCGGUCUCCUCCAAUACAAGCCAAGCCUAAUGUGAAUUUUUCUGACACUGAUCAAAAGGAUGAAAUUUGUGGCAAAGUUGGAGAAGAUAAAUCCAGCAAUGGAGAAAAACCUGGGUUUGUAAUUGGAAGGAACAUCAUGAUCGUGGUUGAUUCCAGCAUUGAAGCCACGGAAGCUAUACAAUGGGCACUCUCUCACACUGUCCACUGUCAGGACACAGUUAUUCUUCUUUAUGUGACAAAGCCCUCGAAACAAGUUACAAAUGAUGUGUCCGAUAAGAGCGAAGCUCCAAGUCCAAGGGCAUGUGAACCAGUUUCCUCCCUGAAAAAUAUGUGCAAGCAGAAGAGACCAGAGGUUGAAGUUGACGUAGCAGUGGUGCAGGGAAAAGAGAAAGGUCCAACAAUAGUUGAAGAGGCCAAAAAACAAGGAGUAGCACUUCUGGUUUUGGGACAGAAAAAAAGGUCCAUGACUAGGCGUCUCAUCAUGAUGUGGGCGGGGAACCGGGUAACUGGUGGAGUUGUCGAUUACUGUAUCCAGAAUGCUAGUUGCAUGGUAGUUGCAGUAAGACGGAAAAGCAAAAAACUUGGAGGUUAUUUGAUCACCACUAAGCGGCACAAAGAUUUCUGGCUCUUGGCUUAAACAAAGCAGCAUUAUUUUUUAUUUCCUACCAACUCUUUUCAACAGAGGGGAUUGAGGAUUCUAUUCUUACUCCAGAAUAUAUGUGAUUUUUCCAGUGUUAUGGUUUGUAAAUAACGCUACUAAUGUAUAUUGAGAAAAGGAAAAGGGGGUUUGGUGUGUGAAUGAAAAAGUUUGUGUUGUGUCAUUUUUCGUGGCCCUGGCGAUUAUGGCUGAAGGGAAAGACAAUUGGGUCCCUUGACCACUUCAGGGUCUCUUCCGGAUGCUGCAGUGGCCUAAAAGAAGCACAUAGUUCAACAAAUUUUGGUUUUUUGCAAUUUAUACCAGCAGGUAGAACAGGGUUGGUACUCUUAGAUCCUCCUCAAAUUGCCGACGUUUGUUGCAGCAGAGAUGCUGGCAGGAUGAUCAGCUUUUCUGAAGCUGCAACACACCAUAACUGCACCAUGCAUGGUUGUAAUUACAAUAAUUUGGUCUUUGACAUGGUUUCUGCUUUAACCUUGUAACUAUAUCUCAGUUGGUUUACAAGAAAUGCUUUCGAUCUGAUUAAUUGGCAAAUUUUGUGUGAUAUUGCCAUGUUUCUAUAAUCUAUAGACCAACUUAUUCAAAAAGACCAUUUCAAAGGGGGGGUUGACCGCCAAAUCAACCCUGUAUGCUAGAAUGUUGGUGCCAGAAAUCCAACUAGAAAAUGUAUGGACUUGAACUGUUGAACAAUUGCUGCUGAGGCUAUAACUUAAAUCCAUUUCUAUUCAUGCUCCAAAGUCCAAACAAGAUAGUUACAUUGAUUGGCCACAUAAAACUGGUGGACAGUCUGUUAUUGGAGCAGUGACCCAUUGGUCAUGCAUGCUUCAAAUGCACUUCAUUGUUGCACUUAUAACGACAUAAAUGCAACAGACUCCCAAGCAAUUUUCCUCGUACCUUUUCUUUGCCCAUCGUACAUGGAGUAUAGGCCAUCAAUUGGAAGAAAUAUGGAUGAGUCUGAUACUUGUCAUAACUUUUGGGCCCCCUAUUCCUUCAACAUGGAGCAAGCACUUUAUCCAAGCAACAUCGAGGAUUUCGGCCCCUAUCACCACAAAAAUGUCGAACCCAAAGCCCACCAUAAUAAACCCCGCACAGAACCCAAAACUGUGAACCCCUGUAAUUCUUCUUCGUUUCCUUCAUGUCCUGUUCUUCUCAACCGCCCUUUCAUAUGACCAUGUCGCAGCAGCCUAUGGUUAAUCAUUCAAGUGGGGAAGCCAAAAGCAAGAAGAAAACAAGGAAGAAGGACAGCAAAAAGGGCAGCCCCAGAUGCCAUCUCCAUGAAGCUCAAGGCUUAAAAAUCCAACCCUUUCGAGACCAUCUGGUCCCGCUGCAAGUUCGACAUGCUUGGCCAGAAACGCAAGGGAGAAGAACGCCGGAUUGGCCUUGCUCGUUCCCUCGCCAUCCAAAAG